GCUUCCGUGCAUCUGCUACUUCCGCUACAAACUUUUGUUUCAUUUUUUAAUUCAUUUUAAAGGGCUUUGUACAACGGAAAGCCUUUCUGUCCUUCAUGGUUUGGAAACUUUCAAACAUUUUUAGUCAGGACUAAACAUAUGUACAGAUAUGAAAAGAAAAAGUGGAAGUCAUUCCAGGUAACCAGAGAGCUUAAAUGAUGCUGUGCUAUUUUCAGAGACUUCACUAAAAGUCAACUGCAGUCUAGGGUGUGUCCAUCGGAAGCAAUCCUUUCAGCUUAUCUGUCUUAGAAAGGUGCGUCAGAUUUUCCUUGGCCUACAGUGCUCAUGAGUAGCACCGUACCUUACACCAUACAGGAGGACUUGUUUGUUGGUGGGAUUGGUCCUACAGCCAUACCAACUUCACUGUGCCAUUGAUUCUGGCCAUGAAAGGAAGGCAGAAGGGCAAGAAGAAAGGAGGUCCAAAGGAGAGAGUGUUUGGCUGUGAUCUUGAUGAACAUUUGCAGUACACUGGCCAAGAUGUUCCUCAGGUCCUUAAAAGCUGCACAGAGUUUGUGGAAGAACAUGGUGUUGUGGAUGGGAUCUACAGGCUGUCCGGUAUCUCCUCCAAUAUACAAAGGCUCAGACAAGAAUUUGAUACUGAGAAAAAUCCAGAUUUAAGGAAGGAUGUGUACCUGCAGGAUAUCCACUGCAUCAGUUCACUCUGCAAAGCCUACUUCCGUGAGCUUCCAAAUCCACUGCUUACCUAUCAGCUUUAUGACAAAUUUGCUGAAGCAGUGUCUGUCCAACUAGAGGAUGAGAGACUGGUCAAAAUUAAGGAUGUUCUGAAGGAGCUCCCAGCACCGCACUACAGGACUCUGGAAUAUCUGAUGAAACAUUUGGUGCACAUGGCUUCAUUUAGUUCCCAGACCAACAUGCACGCCCGGAAUCUGGCCAUAGUCUGGGCGCCCAACCUCCUCAGAUCGAAGGACAUUGAAGCGUCAGGGUUCAAUGGCACAGCUGCAUUCAUGGAGGUCAGGGUGCAAUCCAUUGUGGUUGAAUUCAUUCUCACACACGUGGAACAACUAUUUGAAGAUAAAGACCUUGACACAGGGGCGGAUACAGAACUGCGCAGAAAACCAUACAGUCCACCAAGUUUCCCACCAAUCACUAUUGCCACAUCAGAUGAGAUGUACUUCAGGACGAAUGUUCCAAGCAUACUUACCCCUGGAGAUGGACCGGCGCAGAUGCGGCCCUACCACACUAUACUUGAGCUCUCUGACCAGAAAAGAAAAGGAUCAGUGAAGGUCAAGAAAUGGAGAUCUAUCUUUAAUCUUGGACGUUCCGUAAAUGAUGCCAAACGAAAAAGCAAGGAGGGGAAAGAUGAAAAGACUGACAAAUUGUAUCUUCGUCCAGCUAAAAGUAUGGACUCCUUGAGUUCCAUGCCUUGCUCAAAUGAAGAGCAAGAUGGAAUGAUUAAAAAACGCUCUUUAAAUGCCACCCCCUACCGGCAUGAAAGCUUUGGCCCACAGUCCAAGGGGGAUGAACAGAAUGAGGCAUCUGAUCUACAGAAAAGCAGUGACACAGAGAACCAACAACCUGUUGAUGUCGACCAGGAUUCUAAAGAUGGCAAAACACAUGAAAGGUUAAAGUCUGAAUCUGAACCAAACACUCCUAAACCAAACCGCUCGGCUAUUAUGGCCAGUCCACAGGGGAGAUCUCCAAAAGGCAACCGGAAUAGGGCAGAAAAAUGUGCUGGAGUACACAUCUCAGGCCCGUUUUCAGUUACCGUUCCAUAUCACAUAACUUCAACACUCACUCUCUCUGCUUUGACAUCUGGACGAUUUAUAACAGACAGCAGUGACUGUGUAGCCCCAGAAAAGGAGACUUCGGAGAAUCUAGACUCAAAGGUGGAGCAGUCAUCUUGCCAAGGAGUCCAAAAUAAGUCUUCAGCCAAAAAGGAAGAAGUGAAAACUCUUACUUCAAACACUGCAGAAAAUGAAGAAAUGAAAAAAGAAGCUAUCACCAGUGCUGAUGAUGUACUUGACCAGUUCUCCUUUCUGGACAGCCAAGAUGUGGCCAUAUGUUUUGACACCAGUUUUGCAGAGAAUGAGCCAGUAACAGUGACCAGCACCAAAGCUCCAUCAACAGUUAAAGUGGCAAUUGGAGUAGGCUGGGCAGAAGGCACUGAAAGCUCAGCCACAGCAGGAGAUGACCAAUCCCUGGAUGAUGACAUGGAACCCAAUUAUAUGGAUGAUAUAAUGGACAAUAGCAUGCAGAUGGAAGAGUUUUCUGUUGAACCACCCCUUGAUGAAGAUCUGUAUGAACCUACCACAGAUGAACAAGGAUAUACUUAUUACAUGGCAAACAGCUUUCCAGAAAGGAAGUGUCCUUCCAAAGAGGAUGAUGAUGACUGCAACUCUGAAGAAGUCUUUCUAAGUGCAGAUGACGUCUUGGAUAGUUUUCUGCAAGAGCAGAUAGCUUGUACAGCCAAUACAUAUGAAGAAAAUAUUGACAGCUCUAUAGAAACUACGUUGGAUGAAAUAAAUAAGCAAGACGUGCAUGGAUCUUCUGGUCAGCAUCAAGAUGGGCAGUCAGGCACAACUGUUGCUGUACAAGAACAGAGCAGUCCAAAAGCUGUAACUGCAGUUAUGGAGAGUCCUGAAUGUAGCAAUGAACCAGAAGUCAGUAAACUGCCUGUAGAACCUAUGGCAGGAAACAAUGUUAGUCUGGACACAAUCCCCCAAUUUUUAGACCUUCAACCAAACCCUUGUGCUGAAGUCCAUUCCAGUAAUACAGACACCAGUUUCAUAUCUAAGCUUCAUCCUGAAGAUUGCAAUAUCCAAGAAAAUAGGAACUGUAAUGCUGCAGAGAUGAGUACUGAGAAAGAGGGAAAAAAAACAUCAACUGCAGAGAGUAACCAGCAAUGUACAUGUUUCAACUUGGGGCAAAUUCAGCCUAUUUCAGUAGGGCCAUUAAUAACAGAGGAAGAUUCUAAUGCCAUAAGAUACCAACAAGAGGAAUCACCUCAGGGCCAAGACGAUUCGAUCUCUGGCUGUUCAGCCUUAUCAGGGAACAAUCAAUGUCCCAACUAUGAUGAACAGUUGACUUGUCAUACUGAAAGAGCUUGUAUAGGAGAGCCUCUUAAUGAAAUAACUGAUGAAUCAUCACUUUUCAUCACUGAGUGUACUUCAGGGCUACAUGAACCACCACCUCAGCAGCUCGAGGAGCAACAUUUUCAAAAUGAUAUACAAUUGUUCUCUCAAGAGCCAGGAGAAGAAAUGAUCGAAGAAACACAUCAGGAAUUUUAUCAUCCAUUAGAACUGUCUGCUACUAAUACAUCAGAGCAGCCACCAUUAUUCAAUAACUGUAAUUCUAACCAGCUGGAACCAUUUUUUACUGAAACACCAAAGGAAGAACUUGGUGAACAUAGAUGGGUCUCUUGUAAUAAUGGUGUCCGAAUGAGCCUCACGUCAAGCAAAAUUAGAGUCCAUAAUAUCAAGGCUGUGCCUGUGGUGCCUCCAAAGCCUCAGUUUGCCAAGUUACCACCAGCACUGAAAAGUAAGUUUCAAGUGAAUGCUCUUGGUUCCGGCUCAGGAGAUGGUGGCCUAUCCUCAAGCCAUAGCCCCAGAGCGAGUAGGGAGGAGGAGCUAGACAGAUCAUGCACACAUGACUCUAGUGACCAUGCGGCUGUGCAGAAGCAGAUGAGAAGGAGCAGCUGGAGAAAUAAGGGAAGCAAGUCUUUUGACACAGCUGUAACAUCAGUCAAGGACAGGCAGUUCUCACAGAUUCCUGUUAGGCGGAUGCAGACAUUUUGCAGUGGUGACAGCUAUGAAACCCUUGACCUAGCCAAACUGGACAGACCUUUUCUUUUCUCCAAGCCCUACUUGAAGCCACUUAGUCCUGGCACUAGAUCAGGUAGGCCCCAAAGUUGCCUAGGACCACCUUCCCCCUCGGAAUCUAUGUCCAGUGAGUGCUAUCGUCUGUUUCCAAGUCUAAAAAGACAGACGUCCCAUGAUGCAAUGGAACUAAACACCUUUGAAACUAGGCAGGAUUACCUCUCUUUACAAGAGACACAUACCAGGAACAGACUGAGCAUGCCGAAGAUAAGUCACAAAUCAGAUUUAGCUGAUAUAGUACCUCCUCUGCCACAGCGUAGGUCACUAGCUUUUGAAAUAAAAGACAGCAAGCAAUUAGACUGAACAACAAUCAGCCACAUUAGUAUUUUCCAUUGUUUUUUUUUUCCUAAGGAACUUUUAUGAAAGACAACUGUACUGUUUAUACAUAUUCCUUCUUUGGAUACAAAAGAACUUAUAUGGACACAAAAUCUCGAGACCAAUUGCAUUUUCUUUUAUUUCUGUCCCCUUUUUAGCACUCUACUAAGUAUUAACAGUGCCACAUUUGGGGUAUCCGUGAAUGCCAGAAUGUGAAACUAUAUAAAUGUGGUGGGUUACAGAUCAUUUUUAAUUCACCCAUUGAACAUGACACUGCUUGUACUGGCUAAAGUUGUUACACCUUUUAAAAGUUACAACAGUAGUGCUUAAUUCUGAAACUGCCUGAAAUAAACUGGUGUAAAUGGA